AUGACUGAAAAGGGGUUCUCCCAAGGUCCAGAGGACAAAUAUGUCUUGGUCACUGGCGCAAACAGCGGUCUUGGAUUCUCCAUAUGCUGCCGACUAGCCGAUGAAUUCCUCCGAUCAAACGCAAGCUCCGCCACCCUCUCCAUAAUCUUCACAACGCGCAGCGCCCGCAAAGCCCAAGACACCACCCGCCGUCUAGAAGCACACCUCCGCAGUUCAUCCUCCUCCCCCGCAGAAACCUCGCGCGUGCGCUUCCUCCCCGAAAGCGUCGACCUCGGAUCCCUCCUCUCCGUGCGCGCCUGCUCUCGAAAAGUUACCGCUACAUACCCCAAGCUCGAUGCGAUAAUCCUCAACGCAGGCCUAGGCGGCUGGUCAGGCAUUGACUGGCCAUCAGCAAUCUGGGGCGUAUGCACCGACCUCCUGCACCAAGUGACUUGGCCCAACUAUAAGAUUUCGCCAAUUGGCAUAUUGGCAGAUAACCAAACGGCCAAUGCUCCCGUGCCGCAGUCAGAGCCAGCCCUUGGCUCUAUCUUCUGCGCAAAUGUCUUCGGCCACUAUAUGCUUGCGCAUAAUGUUGCGCCGUUGCUGAAGCGCGCAACAGGAUUUAGUGGACCUGGCCGUAUUAUCUGGGUAACUAGCAUAGAAGCUACGUUGAAGUUCUUCGAUGUGGAUGAUAUCCAGGGGCUGAAGUCCGCUACGCCGUAUGAAUCUUCGAAGCAGUUGACAGACUUAUUGGCUUUGACUGCCGAUGAGCCUGGUUCGGCGCCUUGGGCUGUUGACUCGUUUUUUGCGUCUGAUGAGGACGGUGCUGGGCAGCUUGUUGAGGAUGAUGCGGCUUAUGUAGCUACUUCUACACCUACGAUGCAUCUUGCUCAUCCUGGCAUUUGUGCCACGUCUAUUGUCCCGCUUGCAUUGCCGCUUAUCUGGGCUAUGAUGAUUGCGUUUUAUGGUGCGCGCUGGCUGGGAUCGCCUUGGCAUACUAUGAAUACGUAUCUUGCUGCCAUUACGCCAGUCUUCCUUGCGCUUUCAUCGAAUGCGCAGCUUGACGAUGCGGAAGCUCCGUACAGACAGGCUGGAGGUGGAAGACCAAAAUGGGGCUCCGGUACCACGCGAGGUGGGGCUGAGAAGAUCUUUUGUACUGAGACAGCUGGGUGGGGAUAUGCUGGUGUUGUUGGUACGCCUGUUGUCAAGGCUGAUGAACUACGACGUCGGAAGCGAGGAGCUACUGAUCUUACAGCUGAGCAGAAGGAGGAUUUCCUCGAGCUUGGGCGUCAGAGUUGGAAGCAGAUGGAGGAAUUGAGGAUCAAGUGGGAUGCAAUUCUGGAUGAAGCUGAACAGGCGCAAUGA